UUGGCAGCUCUUUCCUUGCUUUUAGACAAAAUAACAACACCCUACACAUGGAAACAGUUAGCGAUGGAAAAAAAAUGCUGCACGUUAUCCGCCGUUGCACCAACUUACCACUUUAAAGUAAGGAAAUCUCUGUCAAAACAGAACGUAGGCAGGGUCCUCCCCACUCUUAAUGAAGUUCAGUUGUUCUGGCCCAGCUCUUGUAUGUCUGCCUCCAACCUCGGAGAUUUAUUUAGCCGAUGGGGUCACCUCGUGUUGUGCAACAGCUGUGAUGUAAAAGAAAAAGAUUGAUUUGAAAAGUGGAGAUUUGUAAAGUUGAGUUUGGAGAGAGCAGACCGCUCUUUGCUUUUGUUGGUGUGAUAGGGAAAGAAAUUACAAACUUCUCUAACUUUCAAAAACAAGCGGCUGAGUGUUGGAAGAACGCGUUUGGCCUGCUGUGUUCAUCCAGCUCCACACUUUGUUCUCUAUGAAGAUGGUGUUUCCCUGGUUUCGGAUUUUCCUGUGCAGCCUGGAUUUGUUUAGCACGGCAGCAACAGUAGCUCGCUAUGAUCCGGGACAUAUGAUGCCAAUUGAAAGCAACACGCUGACCAGAGAGCUCAAUGUCCCCGAGCGAGAUGAGUAUGAUUACACUGAGCUUGAAUACUAUGACGAUGAUGAAGACAACUACGGCUUCAUAGAAGACACUUUUGUAAACAAAAGGCCAUCCACAGCUCCCCAGAGCUCAGAGUCCAUCCGUAAGAAAUUCAGGGGUAAAUCUCGAAUCCAACGCCUGUCCUUGGUCAACACCGAUUUUGCAUUUAACUUCUACCGGGCCUUGCUAAGGUCCCAGACAGCUUCCAAGAAUGUGGUUUUCUCUCCUUUCGGGCUCUCCAGCCUAAUGGCAAUGGUCAUGGUCGGAACAGCCAACAACACACACGAACAGAUCUCUCAGGCUCUGGGUUUUGAUCAUUUUGUCAACUCCAAGCCAGACGUUGUAGGCAAUGAGCUGUUGCAUUAUAUCUUCCACAAGCUCAUCCACAGGCUGUACAAACACGACUUCGGAUACACGCUCAAAGAUUUCUCAGGCAUCUUCAUCAAGAAAGGGCUGAAGAUCCGGAAAACUUUCAAGGCGUGGUUGAAACAUUACUACGGGGCCCACACUCAGCCUGUGGACUUCUCGGCCCCGCAGGCUCUUGCCAAACUCAAUCAGCUUAUUUCAAAGGCCACCAAAGGGAAGCUUCAAGACCUGGUGGAAGAUAUUGAGCCCCAGACUGCGACGCUCAUUUACCAAGCAUUACACUUCAAGGGCUCGUGGGAGCAUAAAUUUAUUAAAAGCAAGACAGCCAUGCUCCAGUUCCACACUGGCAAAGCAGCGGUGGUGAAGGUGCCAAUGAUGUAUGUCAGAGCAACUGUGAUGGCCACCACAGAUCAUACCCAUGAGUGUGAUGUUAUCAACCUCCCAUACAGUGCGAACGCCAGCAUGCUGCUUGUAGUCCCUUAUAAAACCUUCGGCCUGAGACACAUUGAGAGAGAACUCAGCUGGGAAAUGGUUGACAACUGGAUCAAGGAGAUGACCAACAGGACAAGGGAGGUCUAUGUUCCAAAGUUCAUUCUGCAUGGCAACUAUGACCUAAUUGAAAUGUUUCAAGGCCUGGGCGUGACAGAUCUCUUCAGCAACAAAGCAAAUCUGUCUGGUAUUUGUGAACAUGGAAAUUUGUAUGUUAGCUCCCUGAAGCAACAUGUUACACUGAAGGUGGAUGAGGAAGGAAGUGAAGUUGCUGCUGUCUCUCUUUCUGGCUUCAUGCCUUUAUCUUCACAAGCCAAAUUUAUGGCCAAUCGCCCAUUCCUGUUCUUCAUCCUCGAGCAUCAUACUCAAUCACUGCUGUUCAUGGGCCGAGUAAUGAACCCUUUAAACCAAUAGAGAGAAGGCAAUGGGCAUGACCAUGGAAAUUCCAGCAAAUAUAAAGGCAUACUAUGUUAAAUGUAGAAGCCAGAGAAAUCCCAAAUUAACCACCACACAGCUUAAUUAUUCACUUUACGCUGUCCGUUCUUACAUUGUAGGAUAAUUUGCAGGUGUAGUAGCUCCAUUGCUGUAGAUUAUUAGUUUUCAAAUCUAGUUGGAGGUAUCUGGCCAUAUUUUCCAGAAAAAUAAUGCAGUUGGAAAAUCAAAAUGAGGCGAGAACAAAAACGUGCAUCCCAGCAAUUUGGGGCAGGACAACGCUGGUGCGUAAUUUCACUCCUCUGUGCCCCUCAAUACACUGCAUCUAUACUUACAUUUGGAUGUUCCUUCUUCACUUUGCAGUGUGGGAUGUUUUAUUUGAUUUUAUGCCUCUACCAGGAGAUCAGAAAGUUUCACUUGGGUUGGGUUUAUUGGGUUGACCCAAAGUAUUACAAUUGCAUAGGACAAGCUGGAUGAUCCAGAGGACCUUGUAGUCUAUAGUAAGCUUUCUGGCCUUAGCUAGGAAGUGGUUAAGCAGCUAUAACUGGGCUCAGCACUGCUUGGCUCAGGGGAAGAAAAUAAAUGACAGGGAUCCCUUCUUCUUGUUGCCCUCCUGUGCGUACAUGAAGGACAGGUGAGGAAAGGAUCAACCUUACCAAGACUAAACAACCUGCUGACAUUCACACAUAAAGAAUAUCCAUUCAGAUAAAGAAUGGGAUGUGAUAUUGGCAGUAUCGCAACCAUACCUCUUCAAGUUAAAACUCACUUUUUAAAAUCAAAUAACCGGGCAAAUCUUUAGAACAAUUGAGUAUGAAUUAAACUGGAAAAUUAUUUUGUUUUAGGCAAAAGAUAUUAUAUAUUGAAGUAUAUGCUUUCUACUUCCUUCACUACUUUGCCCAAAGACAGGUUAGACUCACAGCACAGGUAGGACAAGGAUGUAGGUUCAAAACUCACCCUAACCAGGUCACCAAUCUGAUCCACACCAGUCAUCCAGACUCCCAAAGAAUCCACACUGCCAGGGCAGCAUUCACAUUGUAGUCUGCAACUAUAAAUACUUUCUUGAGUUCACAUGGUUCUUCCUGCCUUCCAUUGGGAUGUGACAGAAAGAUUUGUGAGUCAAUACUCAAUCUGUUUGGCUACAGAAUGAAAACAACUUCUGUGGCCAUCAUAAGAUAACAAAAUGUGGAGCUGGAUGAACACAGCAGGCCAAACAGCAUCUUAGGAGCACAAAAGCUGAUGUUUCGGGCCUAGACCCUUACUGAGGUUUGUCUGGAGGGAGGAGGGUAACUUCUUUAGGUUAGGCAUCCCUGGAAGAGGCUUCGCAGUGAGGUUAAAAUUGUAUCAGCAAUAAUGGGAACUGCAGAUGCUGGAGAAUUCGAGAUAACAAAUUGUAGAG